UAUAAAUUAAUUGAUUAAAAUGAUUUCCAGCAACUAAACGAAAUCAUUACUUGAAACUAUGGAGAAGAAUGAAGAUCCAUUAGCAUUUGCAGAUGCUUUAGGUCUUUUAGAAAAAUUAAUUACCAAGUAUUUUAAAGCGUAUAAAUUAGUAUUAUAAACAAUCCCAAUGAAGAUAAGUUUAAACAUAUAAAAAUGACAGUUAAGACAUUGGCCACUCGACUAUUCAAUAUAAAAUAAAUGACAGAGUUGUUAACAUUAUUGGGGUUCAUUUAAGUAUAGAAUUAACUCUAUUGAAAUUAAGUUAGAUUAAGAGUAUUAUUUACCUGACGAAGAAUAUGGAAGAUUAUUAGAAAAUUUCAAUACUAUAAAGUGGUAGCAUAUUUUAUCAUAAGGAAGAGCAGAUGGACCUUAAUAGUAUCUAAAAGCUUAAGAAAUGUAAAAUAAUUAAUCUUCUAUAUUUUUCUAGAGUGAGAUAAUAAUAAGAAGUUUAAAGAUAAUAUGAGAAAGAGUAAAAAGAAAAAGAGAAAAUACAAUAAUAAAUGAAAUAUGAUAGAUAAGAAAGAAGUUUAGUAAAAGAGAAGGAUUCAAAAGCAAAUGAUUUAUAAUUUGGUGCUAAAGUGAAAACUUGUGAGUAAUUAGGUAUAAAUAAGAAUACUGGAAAACGUGGGUGAGGUUGAGCGAGGCGAAGGUUUAAUAACUUUCGCCUCGCAUUAUAGUAAUAAAGAAAAUAAUCGAUCACUUAAUAGAAGUAAGAAAUUACUUCUUAGAUGAUCAAAGAGCAUUUAAAAUUAAUUGAUGCUUUUUGAGAGAAGGAUUGUGAGUUUUCUUUAUAUAUAUGCAUGGUGAAGUCAAUAAGA